AUGCGUUGCCAUGCUGGGCCCCUUAACUGGGCUUUCAUAGGAUGGCUGUUCCUAGGUCUUCUUCAACUGGCCGAUUGUGCUGCAGUUGACAACAAGUUAUCACAUGCCCGUGAGAGAAUCUGGCUCUGGGAGAUGUACGAUCUUUUCUGCGACAUUGAGGGGCCAGACAAGCAGGACGUCAUCUUCAAACAGAACAAGAAUCACAAAUGGAUCACCCUAAAGCAUUUCUCUUUGGUCAACACCGUGGACGGCAAAUUGACAUAUGCGGAGUUCAUGGCAGAUCUGGAGAAGAAGCUCAAUCCCAUUGACGUCGAUAAAUCUCUAGUGGCUCCCAAUGGUGAAGGUGUUGGCAAGCCUACGACUGCCCAGGCUGUCGAUGCCCUAAAGACCAAGGGUUGGGCUCAGCCUAUGGAUGUUGAACAAGUCACAAGCCUCCGAAGCAAGGACUACAUGCAGCUCGUGGGUCGUGUAGACAAGAAGUUCCAAGACUACUUCACCAAUCUUGGCAAUGACGACAAAUGGAAAAGAAGGCUGAUCGAGACAAACAUGAGGACAGAAACACUGUCCAAGGACAUUGUUCAGCUUCGCAAGCAAGAGGCUGAUGAAUGGCUGAUCAAGCAAAUGACCAGAGACGUCGACCCUCCAAAUACCCCGACCGAUAAAAAGAAUUACGGUCUUGGCAUAAAUCGCAACGACCUGGUCAUUGAAAAGGUCACAUCUCCUGUUCCCGGCGCGACUACCUAUGAGAGGGUGGACUUGAUAGAGUCUUAUCUAAAGAACCCUGAUGCUCUCAACAGACAACUGAAAGCUGCAGGUGUCAGCGAUGGCAUCCAAGGUCUUGUUAAAUGGGCUGACAACUUGGGAAACCUGGCAAACAAGGACUUUGCAAACGCUGGCCCUGGUUACAGCGAUCAGAACGUGUCUCAUCACGCGGCUAAGGUGGUGUGGACCGAUGCGCAUAAGAAUGCUAGUAACAGACUAGGCAACAUUAAGCCUCCGUCUUGUUCGAGAUAG